CUCAGUCGCACAUGGCAGCCUGGAGUUUUGACUGCACUCGCUAAGGGUCACCAUGGCCAGGCAGUGGUCUGAGGGCCACUCCACAUCCAUCCUGUGUGUUGGAGCUUCUCUGGGCCCUGAGAGUCUCCUCGCUUCAGGCUCUGAGGGUGGAGAGGUGACGGUUUGGAGCCAAGAAGGAACCAUCAUAGGCAGACUCACCCUUCCCGGGGAAGAGGACAGCACAAGUGUUGUGUUUUCACCUGCAGCUCCGGGCCACCUGUAUGUGUCACAUGGGGACACAGUAAGUGUACUCGACCCCAGGAACCUGAAGGGACCCAUGGAGGAGUUUCAGGGUGCAGGAGAGGAAGAGAUCAAUGCUUUAGCAUUGAAUGAGACAGGUUCAGCCCUGGCAGUGGCUGAUGACUCUGGGGCAGUGCGGGUGCUGGAGCUUCCUGGGGGAAAAGUAUGUAGGACUCUUCGCAGACACACUAACAUCUGCUCCUCUGUGGCUUUCAGGCCUCACAGACCCAACAACCUGGUGUCUGCUGGACUGGAUAUGCAGGUGAUGCUGUGGGGUCUGCAGAAGACUCGCCCGCUUUGGACGCUGAAUCUUCAGGAUGUAGCAGAGGAUGAAGGUGACCAUCAGCAGCGCCCUGGUCAGCUUUUCAACCCGCCACUAGCUCACUGUGUUUCUGUGGCGAGUUGUGGAAACAUUUUGGGUUGCGCAGCAGAAGACGGGCGGGUGCAUCUGAUGCGGAUUGGCAGUGGUUCUAAACUGGAACAGCAGGGAGCAGUCAAAGCCCACAGUCAGGGAGCUUCACAAGCCCACUUUGUUAGUUUCCUUUCCCACCCAUACUGGCUCAUCAGUGGGGGGAAUGAUGGCCAGGUCGCCCUGUGGGACCUCAGUAAGCACCCAGUGGUGGCUCCAGACGCAAAAGCCAAAACCAGAGUGACAGCAGCUCCACGCAGGAAGGGCAAGGGCAAGACAAAGAGGAAAGAACAAUCCCAGGAUAAAGCGAAGACCCCACAAAAGGAUGAAGCAGAGAAAGAAGCAGCUGAAGUGGAGGGUGAAGCUGCAGCAGCAGCUGUAGCUGCAGAGGACGUGACAGAGGAGAAGUCUGGACCCAAACUGAGCAUCAGUCAUGGGGACAAGGUGAACUGGCUGUGCCCUGCUGUGCUGAAAGGAGAACACUGUGUGGUAGUAGCUGAUCAGAGCUGUAGUCUGACUGUCUACCCUCUGUCUCACCUAUAGUCACUUCACUGUCUGCUCUUAAAAUCUUUUGUUUUGGUCAUAGGAGACCCUUAGUUUGACUUUCUUUACUUUUAGUUUUAAUGCAUUUUUAAAAAUUCUUCAGAGAAUACAAUCCUGUGUUUGUUUCUGUAAGGAACUGGCAGCAUAACCCAUUUUUUCAAUAAGAUUUGUUUUUGCGAGUACGGCCCCUGGACGUUUGGUCUAAACAGCAUGUCUUCUUACUGUGACGUCUGAUCUUACGUAGAUCUUUACAGCAGCAAUCAAGCCUCACAUAAAGGGAUUUCUAUGAGCUUUCACACAAUAUUUAACAAACUGUAUGUGUAAUUGUUUUUGGAGGUUUCAUUUAAUGCAAGCUUCACUAAGUGGAUUUGGCUAAGUUGGCUUUGGUUUAGUGUCUGUGUUAUCCUAUUAAAAAAAUGUCCUCCUUUGAAAUAUAUUUUGCUCUGGCAUUGGAUUAAUUACAUUUUUGUACAUGUUACGUCUGUGAUACUACCACAUUAGACAACAGAAAUUAGCAUUUCAUGUCUAAGUGAGUCUGCUGCUCUUUUAUAAAUACAUCUCAAUCCAAACCAGGUGCCAGACAGAAAGCAAAGCACUGAGUGAACUGAAAGCUCUUUCCAAAGAUGUUUGAAGACAGUUCACAGCACAGAUUACACAGCCACACUUCUUAAUUGCUUGAAGUCCUGUGAUCUGUCACAUGAUGUCGUUCUCUGGGGUACAGUGGUACAGUUUUUAAAAUGAAUGUAAAGCAGCAUCUUGGGAACUGACGCCCUACUAACCCCCCAUAUAAUUAUGUUAUUAGGCAAUUUUUUGUCUGUACAUGUCAAUGAUUAAAUCCUUUUUGCUGCCUGUGGAUCAUUACAGGAUGAAUACAUGUUUACCUGUUUAAUUUCCUCCCAAUCUGAUCUAUGUGACCAUUUCUUUUACAAUA